AUGCCUUUGGAGCAGGAUGACCAGGAACGGGUGCGUCGGGCGAUGGAGGAGGUCGGAGCUGACAAGACUGGGACUCGUCUACUUGUCUUGAACGUUUCAGAGUCGCAAAAACUAGGAUACUGGACCAUCAUCUGUACGGUCAUAAACCGAUCCGUUGUCAUUGGAAUGUGCGCCCUCUUGGUCUGGCUUCAGUUUGCUCUAUCAGUCCCAAAAUUCCUGCUUCGGAAUAGGAACGACGAUGAUUCUCCGGCUGAAGGCGAAUCCUUGCAGUGUGUUCCAAGGUCUGGAGGCGAAAAGAACUUCCUCGAGUACGCGUAUGGCUCUAACAGGCUUCGAAAAUUGCGGACCACUUGCAUGUAUGGCCUCAUUUAUGUGGUUUUGGGAAAUCUCACCGGUAAUACGAUUGCCUUUGGAACCUACUGUCUCGAAGCUGCCGGCAUCAGCGGCGGUGGAGACUCCUUAACACGGGGUUUAGCUGUGGUUUGCAUGACUGCCGCCUGUCUCCUGCACGCCAGCUAUCGGCAGGGUGGCAUCUACACGAUCAUUGUCAUUGGAAUAUUCAAGGUAUGCAUCCUCGUGGCAAUCAUUGUAAUAGGGUUCGUGGCUAUGGCCGGAAAGUCGUUCGGCUAUGGAUCAGCACACGGUGAGACAAUCGUCAACGCGACCUCCCAAAAUGGGCCCUCGAAUCUCGCUGCGAGUACCUCUUUUUCACAUGCGAAGAAGGACUUCGGCAGCUAUGCAAGCUCGAUCCUUUUCGUCAUCUAUACUUACAGCGGGAAUGAACAACCUUUCUAUGUGAUAAGCGAAGUUAUCCGCCCCAAGAAGAUCUUUGCCAAAGCAUCCAUCUCUGCCGUGUCCCUGACCAUCAUCCUCUUUAUGCUCGUUAACAUUGCAUAUCUUGGUAUUGUUUCCUACGAUCCGGAAUUGACAAUCCAAUGCCUGUCCAUCAAAGAUUCAGUUGACAAGUUCAAUCCCAACCUCGUCAAUGAUGUUAUUAUGGACCCUACAAGAAUUAGAGACAAAUGCAAUUUGGACAUGGCCACUGUCUUUUUUGCUGCAAUUUUUGGACCGGGUCUCGCUUCUCGCGUCAUGGCAGCUAUCAUUGCAAUCUCGAUAUUUGGGAAUGUCGUCGUGAUGACGUUCACGGCGUCAAGGGUGAAACAAGAGAUCGCCAAGGAAGGAGUUAUUCCAGGCUGGCGUUUCUUUUCUCGCAACGUCACCACCCCUUGGGCGCAUCUGCGCCAACGCUUCUGGCCCAGGGAGGGCUACGAGCCAGAGCAAAGUCCCGCUCCGGCUCUCCUGCUCCACUGGAUAUUCUCCAUGAUCUUGCUAGGGGCUACCUCCGGAGAAACUGCUGACGUCGCCUACCAAAUCCUCGUUGCGCUCUACGCAUACACCAUUGUGAUUCUGGUUGGCUUCUUUACCGCCAGCGGUUUCCUCUACGUGUACUUCUUCGGCGAGGAUGGCCAUUGGGUCGAGCGGUCAGGAUUCAACUGGGGUGGGCCAUUCCCUGCUGCUAUCUAUGCGGCAAUCUGCGCAUUUUUCAUCUUCGCCCCUUUCGUACCGCCAGGCGAGGGCUCGCCGUACUUGAACGAAGUCAAAUGGUUUAUCGUUCCCACUGUUGGCCUUGGCUUCAUGGUGCUAGGAUACGUGUACUACUUGGGUUUGAUGCAUGUGGUUCCGCGGCUGUUCAUGAAGAAUAAAGUGCUCAUUGCAGACCGGGAAGCCAUCAUAGUUCGCGAGCAUGGUGAGUAUGUAGUGUAUCUCGAGAUUGUGGAUGCGAGUUGGGAGACUCGUCCCGGAUCGGCAAAUGAGUCAGACGUGGAAAUGCAUACCUUCCAGGUGAAGGAUAAUAAGAAGGAGGAGAAUAACAAAGAGGAGGAUAGCAAGGAGGAGGAUAGCAAGGAGGAGGAUAGCAAGGAGGAGGAUAGCAAGGAGGAGGAUAGCAAGGAGGAGGAUAGCAAGGAGGAGGAUAGCAAGGAGGAGGAUAGCAAGGAGGAGGAUAGCAAGGAGGAGGAUAGCAAGGAGGAGGAUAGCAAGGAGGAGGAUAGCAAGGAGGAGGAUAGCAAGGAGGAGGAUAGCAAGGAGGAGGAUAGCAAGGAGGAGGAUAGCAAGGAGGAGAAUAUCAAGGAGGAGGAGGAUAUUAAGGAAAGAAAAGGAUAUUAA